AUUGAGACUCGAGUCCAAGCUCAAGUGAAUGUAAUUUUACAUGCCACGGCGCAGCGCCCUCCCACCGUGUCGCUGUCAGGUGCCGUGGAAUGGGAAGGAGUCUCUCGGUGUAUUCGCCACAAGGAAGUGCGAUCACUGCGCGUCUCCCUGCGGCUGAACGAUAAGAAGCUGCCGGGCUCCUGAUAAAGUCCAGUCUCUGAACACAGCUGCUCCCUCAAUAACAAACAUGGCACCCAGAGAUCCUCUGCUCGCCUCUCUCAAAGUGUGUGUCCUGAAUAUGCAGGCAGAUGGGGUUGUAGUGAUAGACUCCAGCCCUCACCUCCCCUCCUGCUGUGAGCUGCUGGAGCUGGUCCUCAGAAAGGGGCUGCAGAAGCCAGUCCUCAGCCUGGUCCAGAGAGAUUAUUGGCAGUGCUUUGAACAACUUCCUCAUCAAGACACCUGUAGAGGGGUCUCUGCUCUGUCCUUGGCUGUUGAGCAGACCAGAGCUUCCAGGAAGCUAAUCUCAGCCCAAGGCCGGGGCCGCUACCUGCUCAGGCUGGCCCUCAGCCGCAAGACUCUGUCACAGUUCUUCACCCACCUGCUGCAUACACCCAGGGUCCUGGAGUGGUACAGUCCCACGUCAAUCCUCAGGAAUGAGGAAUUUGCUGAACCUUUCAUGUCGCUGGUGCUGGUCCUCUCUCACAUGGAGUUCAAGCUAGACAUGGAGAACUGCAGUUUUUUAGAUGAGAGCUGGCUGCUCCCGGUGUGUGACAUCUAUGAAAUUGUGCCCUGUCGGGAAGUCGGUAUGGUUUUGAGGUAUCUAAGUGGACGUGUCUUUGUCCUGGACUUGGUGCCUGGCAGUCAGGCUCAUGUUGACAUGUUUGUCUCUUCUGGUGACAUUAUCGAUGAGAUCAACGGGACUUCCCUGAGAAAUUCCAAACCCGGACAAGCAGGUGUUGUUCUGUCCCGUCUGAAGAGCUGCCCUUUGUCCAUCCGUAUUCUGAGAUGUAGGGCCCAGGAUGGAACAGUAUAUCGACCCCUUGUCAAACUCUUGAGGGCCCUGAGGAUGGAGAACCCCAAUGUGCAGCUUGGCCUCUCUUCCCUCCAAAAGCAAGCCAACAACAACCAAAUGCCUCCCGGUGCCUCACAAUGUCUUAAAGAGGGAAGAAUUGUCUACAUUGUGAAGUUCUUGGGAAAAGCAAACAUUGGAAUGUUUGGAGGAAAGGAAGUCCUGCAACAUGCGAUUCCACAGGUUUUGCUUAAAAAUCUGCCUAGCAAGGAAGUGCUUUUAGAUUUGAAGGAAACACAUCUGACGUGCUCAGACAGAAAUAGUAAGCUGAAACUGUUUGAGCAUCACUAUCCAGAGAUUUCAUGUGUAGGAAGGUUUGCUCAACCAGGCUACACAAUAUUCGCCUUCUGUGUGGCAGAUUCUCCAGAAACCCCUCAAUCCACUGGAUUUUGUUGUGUCGCACUCAAAGCCAGCAACAUGAAGGAGUGUGAAGAUAUAGUGUGCCGCAUUGGUGAGGGCCUCCUAGUAAGAUACAAAAAAAACAACAAAAAAAACACCACAAAUACAGAUAUUUUAAAGUGGUUAAUUCAGAUGAAUAUGGCUUACAACCAAUUGCUAAAAAAAAAAAAAAUUAUUCAGUUUAUGAAAUUAAAGUUCUCAGUAUUCAGAGAAAUAUUCAAGAUUUCUAAUAUAGAAAUGUUGUGGCUUACAUGAUCAAGGGGGUGCCAACAGCCCCCACCAGAAGCACCAAACAUUGGCCAAAAAAAAAAACAAAAAAAAACCUGGAUGAGUGCUGAAUCCAAGCAUUGAAAAUUGAGUGGAAGGAAAAAGUGCAAGGCAUGAAUUGCAGUUUGAGUCAUUGCUUAAAAGCCACCACCCACAGGUGUAAGACUAGUGCCACAACCAUUACUUGGGUUAAGGAGAAAAAGGAUUCGACCAUUGUGCCAGCCUUGAAUUGCAGGCAGGGGCCACACCUUAGACACCAAUUAUACUGGCAGAAAGAACCAGUGCCACAUUGGUGCAGCACUUCUGUAAAAAAAAAUUCCCAGAGUAUUAGGAAGUGGCAGCCCUCUUGCAUGUUUUGAAGGACUCCCUGCUUUAACUCAACUAUCUUGUCAGGCUCAGUUAAUUCAAGCAGGCAUUGGAGCAGGAACACCUCCUAAACUUACAGUGCAGCAACACUGGAGGACCCACAUUCUCCAGUUGUACAGCAGUGUAUUCUGAAUGCUCAAUUUUCAUUCGCCGUCAUUAAAGUUGCCAAAAAACAUUUUAGUAAGGCAGGCUUAAAUCUGUAAAUGCUUCCCCUUUACACUGAAUGUUUUAGAUGCACUUCACAUCCUGCCAACUUUAAACAACCUUUUCCUUUGCGUUUACAGCUACCGGUUUCAAGCAUACAGAAUGGUUUGUAUAGCAACUGAUCAACUCAUCCUUGUAAAUAAAUUAAAAGUGCUGACAUAUGCUGCA